AUGUCAAGCCACCUGACGAGCAAGCUCUUUACUCGCGAUCUCUCCCCAGAAUCCAAUAUUAGCUUAAUUGUCGGAAUCUUCACCAUCGUUACAGGUGUAUUGAGUGUCUUGUUGUCCUGGGCCGUCUGGAAACUCGCUUACGAGCGACGGCAGUCAAGCGAGGUUGGUGAAGGUGGGUGA